AUGACGAGUGAAGGGAAUUUCGUUCAACCAGCGAUCCCCCGAUUUGAUGGUCAUUAUGACCACUGGAGUAUGCUAAUGGAGAAUUUCCUUAGAUCAAAGAAAUAUUGGAGUUUAGUUGAAACUGGUUAUGAGGAACCGAACAAUUCUGGAGACCAUAUUGAAGAAGGAUACGUCGAAGGAGAUUUGGGAUUCUACGAGGAGGAAGUACGCGGGGAAUGCCAGAGUGAAGAGGUUAUGACUGUGGCUAAUAAGAUGCGUGUGUAUGGAGUAGAGAUGAAAGAUGUGACUAUUGUAGAGAACAUUCUUAGAUCUUUAACUGACAAAUUUAACUAUAUAGUCUGUUCAAUUAAAGAGUCUAAAGAUAUUGACAAACUGUCCAUUGAUGAGCUACAAAGCUCCUUGAUAGUUCAUAAGCAAAAAUUUCAUAGGCAAAGUGGUGAAGAACAGGCUCUCAAGUACGAGUGUCCUACAUGGGGCAAAGAAGCAAAUUAUGCAAAGAUGGAUGAGCAAGAAGAGAUGCUUCUGAUGGCUUACAUUGAAAUCAAUAGGGCAAAGAGAGAAGAUGCAUGGUUUUUAGACUCGGGUUGUAGUAACCACAUGUGUGGUGAUAGAUCCUUAUUUUCUGAGUUGGAUGAAAGCUUUCGACAAAUGGUCAAGUUGGGAAAUAACACAAGGAUGAGUGUUGCUGGCAAAGGAAGUGUCAAGCUGCAGUUGAAUGGAUUCAAUCUUGUCAUUUCAGGAGUGUUUUUUGUACCGGAGCUGAAGAACAACCUGCUGAGCAUAGGACAACUGCAAGAGAGAGGUCUUGCAAUUCUCAUACAAGCCGGAUAG